CUAGGAAGGAGCCCACGAGCUCCAUUGAUGAUCACUUCACCCACAAGCAGUGCUUACAAGAACAAAAAAAUUCAAAGAGGAGGGGCAGAUAGAAGAUUAAUUGUCACGACUGCUGCUAGGUAUGGACGGUGCAAUGGGCAGACUGAGUUUUCCAAAAGCAUUUAGUGCGACAGAGGCAAGAGAAGAGCAGGCUAUGGAGGAGAGCUUUUUACGAGCAAGGGAAUCGUGGAUAGGGACCCGCGCCGUGCGUGUCUUGCCCGUCAAUUAUCGCCACAAAAUAAUGGCUUUAAGCUCGACGCACUUCUCGAUUGUGAGUGACGACCCAGAAGAAGAAGAACAAGAUGGGAAGAAGAAGGAGAAGAGAUUUUUCCCGGUGGAAUCUAGUCCUCGUGGUGGUGGUGGUGGUGAUUCUUUCAAAUGCGAGAGCUUCAACAGCUCAACUGAGGUAUGCUUGCGAUGUUUCCAGCAAUGCCAGCCUCGGCUCGUUUCCAUUCUGCGAUACCAAGCUCGGCAUUGAUGUUCGCGUCCAAGACUUGGUUUCGAGGCUCACUCUGGACGAGAAAGUGGACGAGAUGGUGAAUGCUGCUCAAGGCAUUCCCCGGCUGGGAGUUCCUAGCUAUCAGUGGUGGCAAGAAGCUCUCCACGGUGUAGCUUCCAGUCCGGGAGUCCAGUUUGGUGGUCUUGCUCCGGCUGCUACAAGCUUUCCAAUGCCGAUAGCCACGGCAGCGUCAUUCAAUUCCACACUCUUCUAUUCAAUCGGAGAGGCUGUGUCAAGCGAGGCCCGGGCGCUACACAACUUGGGAAGAGCUGGACUGACGUUUUGGAGUCCAAACGUGAACAUCUUUCGCGAUCCAAGAUGGGGACGAGGCCAGGAGACUCCCGGAGAAGACCCUCUACUUGCCAGCAAAUUUGCGUCCCUGUACGUGAGAGGACUUCAAGGAGGAGCAUACGAGGGAUCCGCAAGUGAUGGUUUCCUCAAGGUCUCAGCGUGCUGCAAGCAUCUUACGGCCUAUGACGUGGACAAUUGGAAAGGUAUGGAUCGAUACCACUUCAAUGCGGAGGUGAGUGAACAGGACUUAGUCGACACUUACAACCCGCCUUUCCAAAGCUGCAUUGAGGAUGGCCGAGUGAGCAGUGUGAUGUGCUCCUAUAACCGGGUGAAUGGUGUCCCAACUUGUGCUGAUCGAAAUUUGCUCACAGAAACAGUACGAAAUAGCUGGGGAUUCAAUGGAUAUAUAGUUUCUGACUGUGAUGCUCUUCAAGUUCUUUUUGAGGACACAACAUAUGCUCCCUCAGCCGAAGAUGCAGUUGCUGAUUCCAUUCUCGCAGGCCUUGAUCUUAAUUGUGGAACUUUUCUCGGCAAGCACGCGAAGUCAGCACUUCAAGCUGGGAAGAUCACUGAGGCCGACCUUGACCAUGCAGUCUCUAAUCUUAUGAGAACCAGAAUGCGUCUUGGAUUGUUCGAUGGUGAUCCAAACUCUCAACCAUAUUCAUCGCUAGGAGCAACUGAUAUUUGCAGUAAUGAUCACCAGCAGCUUGCUCUGGAUGCCGCUCUCCAGGGAGUCGUCCUCCUCAAAAAUGAUGGCUCCCUACCUCUAUCCACAGCCUUGAAAACCGUGGCUCUUAUAGGACCGAACGCAAAUGCAACUUACACGAUGCUUGGAAACUAUGAAGGAAUUCCAUGCAAGUAUAUCUCACCUUUGCAGGGCAUGCAAAUCUACAGCAGUAACAUCCUCUACUCACCAGGUUGCAGAAAUGUAGCAUGCAAUGAAGGUGACCUGGUAGCAUCAGCAGUUGAGGUGGCAACCAAAGCAGAUGCUGUGGUUUUGGUGGUUGGCCUUGACCAGUCCCAGGAGAGGGAGACCUUCGAUAGAACAAGUUUACUUCUUCCGGGAAUGCAAUCUCAACUUGUCUCUAACAUCGCAAAUGCUGUCACUAGUCCUAUUGUUCUUGUGAUCAUGUCUGCGGGGCCUGUCGAUAUCUCAACUUUCAAGGACAAUUCACGAAUUUCAAGUGUUAUUUGGCUCGGGUAUCCUGGUCAAUCUGGAGGUGCUGCUCUUGCUCAUGUUGUUUUUGGAGCUUACAAUCCAGGUGGCCGCUUGCCAAAUACUUGGUACCACGAGGAAUUUACAAACGUUUCCAUGCUGGAUAUGCAGAUGAGGCCCAAUCCACUAUCGGGAUAUCCAGGGAGAAGUUAUAGAUUCUAUACAGGAACACCACUCUAUAACUUCGGCGAUGGAUUGUCUUACUCAACUUACUUCUACAAAUUUCUUUUGGCACCAACAAAACUCUCCUUUUUCAAAAGCAACACAGGAAACUCUAGAGGCUGUCCAGCAGUAAAUAGGAGCAAAGCUAAAUCUGGUUGCUUUCAUUUACCAGCAGACGAUCUGGAAACUUGCAACAGCAUUUUGUUCCAAGUCAGCGUGGAAGUAAGCAAUCUCGGUCCCAGGUCUGGAAGCCACUCGGUGCUAAUCUUCUCGGCUCCUCCACCAGUGGAGGGAGCUCCUCUCAAGCAACUCAUUGCAUUCCAGAAGGUCCAUUUGGAAUCAGACACAACUCAAAGGCUGAUCUUUGGCAUCGAUCCAUGCAAGCACCUCAGCAGUGUCCGGAGAAAUGGGAAAAGGUUUCUACACUCUGGUCGACACAAGCUACUCAUUGGUAAUGCUGUUCACAUCCUUGAUAUCUCCAAAGUCUGAAGAAAAGGAACUAGUUUCCAUUCUUCUUUCUUUACAUUCUUUGAAGCUGAGUCAAAAAAGUUUCUUUAUCCAUGUAGCUCAAUUGAUUG